AUAUUACAAGGUUAUGAAUCUGGCUCUGAAGAAGAGGGGGAAAUUCAUGAAAAGGCAAGAAAUGGAAAUAGGUCUAGUACUAGAUCUGCCACUACCAAGGGGAAACUUGAACUUAUGGACAAUAAAAAUAGUACAAAAAAGCGAAGUAAAAGCAGAUCCAAAGAACGGACUAGACAUAGGUCUGAUAAAAAGAAAAGUAAGGGAGGUGUUGAAAUAGUUAAAGAGAAGACAACUAGGAGCAAAUCAAAGGAGAGGAAAAAGUCUAAAAGUCCAUCCAAAAGAAGUAAGUCUCAAGAUCAAGCAAGAAAAUCAAAAUCUCCUACCCUUAGAAGGCGAUCUCAAGAGAAAAUUGGGAAGGCCAGAUCUCCUACUGAUGACAAGGUUAAGAUUGAAGAUAAAAGUAAGUCAAAAGAUAGAAAAAAAUCCCCAGUUAUAAAUGAAAGAAGUCGUGAUCGAGGCAAAAAAUCCAGAUCCCCAGUUGACUUAAGAGGUAAAUCCAAAGACAGAAGGUCACGGUCCAAAGAG